AUGAAAGCAUAUGCAAUUGUCCUUAUAGUCUGUGGGUCUGUGGCUGCAGCCAUUGUCAUCUUAUGUUGCCUCUGCAAGUGCAUAAGAGGCAGCCGUAAAGGGAAGCAAAAUCAACCAAAAACGAUUCGAACAGUGGUGUUGAAACAAAGUUAUGUUACUCGUGACCUUGAAAUUGGCGAGACUAAACAAGGCAGUAAUAAGCAGAGUGGUAGUAGAGAUGGUGGGAUUAUUAUAUUGUCUGAAGCUGGAGCUCAAACAGAAACACCAGCUCCUAAAGCUACUAAGGAUGGGGGUAACAGUGGUACAGGCGGUGGUAAUGAAGAACAUGGAAGAGGUGGUGGCGGUUGUGGUGGCUGCGGAGGUUGUGGAGGUUGCGGAGGAGGAUGUGCAGACUGA